AUGCCUAUCGAACCAUCAUCCGAAGAAGGGCAAACUGCCGGAAUCGCCGGCUCAAGCUCUAGCUCGCUGGUGACAACCACAGUGCUGAUUAUCGGGGCUGGGUCUACGGGAUUAGCAUUGGCCCAAGGUCUGAAGCAGGCCAAUAUAUCCUGCAUUGUGGUCGAGAGGGAUGGGCGUCUCGAUGCGAGAUCGCGGGAUUGGAACAUGGGCAUGCACUGGGGAGGGACAGCAUUGAAGUCUCUCGUCAGCGGUGAAAUAUGGAGUCGUCUCCAAUCUGUCCAAGUUGACCCUAGCCAACCGACAGCUGAAAGUGAUGAUCUGAAGUUUGUUAAUGGCGAGUCUGGAGAACUCAUCGCUGCCAUUCAUGCCCAGAAAUUCUAUCGACUGCGGCGCAGUAAGCUGCGCGCCCUCCUCGCCGAAGAGCUCGAUAUUCGAUAUAACAAGUCCUUCGAAAAUAUUGCCUUCUCCUCGGGUGAUAGCCUGGCAGUUGUGCAUUUCAAUGACGGCUCUUCGAUCGCUGCAAAGCUAGUUGUCGGGGCUGACGGUUCUAGGUCAAGCGUGCGACAGCUCUUGCUUGGGCCCGAUCAGGCCGCCAUUCGACGUCUUCCAUAUUGUGCAACAUUUAUCCACUCAAGAUUCACCCGCGAACAGGCACUGUUCUUGCGCUCAUUCCACCCGCUGUACAUAGCCGCCAUCCAUCCUGGUGGCUUGUUCUCGUUCCUCGGAAUGCAAGACGCUGCUGAUCCAGAGAGACCUGAAACAUGGACGUUCUUCUUCUACAUAUCAUGGUACUCCAGCCUGGAUGAGCAAGACAAAACGGCAAACUGGACGGAUGCCCAGCGCAGCGAACAAGUCAAAGAAUUAUCUCGGACGUUCACGGACCCAUUCAAGAGCGCAUUUGAGUGGGCCAGUGCUGAUUGCAAGGUGUGGUAUUUCGGCCUGCAUGAUUUCGACCCGGGAGCGGAGGGACAUCGCUGGGGCAACCUUGGUGGCCGCGUCACCCUUGCUGGCGAUUCCGCUCACACGAUGACUUACCAACGUGGGCAAGGGCUAAACCACUCCUUAACUGAUGCGGCUGAAUUGUGCGAGGCGAUCAAGAAUUUCACUUCCAAAAAGUCCACGCAGGGAGCGGCGAUAUCCUCGUACGAGGAAGCCAUGAUUCGACGGGCUGGUGGCGAAGUACGCCUUUCAACAACGAACACGGAGAUGUUGCAUGACUGGCAAAAGGUGCUGCAAUCGCCUCUCAUGAAAACUGGGAUGAGACAAACAAAUAAAGCAGCUGGCACGAGUUGA